AUGGAAUCAUCAACUACAAAUAGCUGUCAAUUUGAUAAUACUAAAGCUGACACGAAUAUUAUUCAAAAAAUGUUCAGAAAUAUUUUGCCAAAAAAGUUCAGAAAUGGAAGAUCAAGUCAUUAUUAUGAGAAUGGCUUUAAUGAUAAUGAAAUUUUGGUAGCACCAAGCAAAAACGGUCUUCAUAAAAAUUUGAAGGAGCGACAUAUGAUUAUGAUUGCAUUAGGUGGAACUAUUGGAACUGGUUUAUUUUUAGCUUCUGGUCAAGCUUUAGCAUCUGCAGGUCCUGCGAUAAUUAUCAAUGCAUUAACAUUUGUUACAGCUGAACUUGCGACUCAAUUUCCCAUUAGCGGUUCUUUCAAUACAUUUGGUAGUCGUUUCGUGGAUGAAGCAUUCGGCUUUGCAUUAGCCUACAAUUAUUACUUUUCGUGGGUGACAACUAUCGCAGGAGAGUUGGUGGCUGCUGGUAUCAUCGUACAAUUUUGGCUGCCGCAUUUUCCCAGUAUUAUAUGGUCAAUAUUAGGAAUGGCAAUUAUGUUUUUACUGAAUGCUUUUACAGUUAAAGGUUACGGCGAGGCUGAGUAUUGGUUUGCAAUGAUCAAAGUAGUUACUGUGCUUAUCUUCCUGUUGGUUGGUGUUUUAGUGGAUAGUGGUGCCAUAGGUAAACCUAAAAAAACGUAUGGCUUCGAAAAUUGGAAAUUGGACAAAGCCCCCUUUGUCGGUGGAGUAGCUGGUGUAAUAACCACGUCGAUCAUUUCAGGUUUCGCUUUUCAAGGAACUGAAGCUGUAGGUAUCGCUGCUGGUGAAAGUGCUAAUCCAAAGCGUGAUGUGCCUCGUGCAAUGAAUGGAACUAUAUGGCGUAUUGUUUUGUUCUUUGUUGGUGCCAUCUUUGUCAUGGGUCUGGUUAUCCCGUAUAAUGAUCCAGAUCUUGCUAAAAUAGGUGGUGUUGAUAAUAUUGCUGUGUCACCGUUCACAUUGGUAUUUAGAAAAUCUGGUAUUCCUGGAGCAGAGCACAUUAUGAAUGCUGUCAUUCUAACAACGAUAUUGUCAGCUGGUAACUCUGGUCUUUACUUAUGUACACGUAUUUUCUGGACAUUGGCUAUGGAAGGUAAAGCACCUCGUAUUUUUCGUCAUAUAAAUAAAGGUGGAAUUCCUAUUUGGUGUCUGGUGUUAACAACUGUUCUCGCAACUUCUCUUUUUGGUCUCUCAUUCGUUGGAAAUCAAGUCAUUUAUAUAUGGCUUGUCAAUAUGACCAGUGUGAUGGGUUUUAUUGCCUGGUUGGGGAUUGCGAUAUCACAUUGGCGAUUUCGUCGAGCAUAUAUUCUACAAGGUUAUUCAUUGAAUGAUCUUAUUUAUAAAGCGCUAUUCUUUCCAGUGGGACCAUUCUUGGCCUCCUUACUUAUCAUUGUGUGUGUCUUCGGACAAGGGUAUUCUGCAUUUACUACAAAACAGGUCAACUGUACUAUGUUAGAAGAAGAAUCUUCUGACUUUAAUACAUAUCAACUCAACGAUAAUAUAUUCGAACAAGGAAAUGCUACAUGUACUAAGAGUUCAGUCAACUUGUCUACUUUACUAUCUGGCUAUGUAAUAUUACCGGUGUUUGUGAUCAUGUUUGUUGUUUACAAAAUUGUUAAAAAGACACGAUUUAUACCACUUCGAGAAAUUGACCUGAUAACUGACAGUGUAAAUCAACAUGCACCGAGAGAAACGAGUAAUAUUUAA